GUGAGAGCAAGGAACAAGGAAGGGAAACGUACGAGACCUUCCUUCCUUUUGCCCCCCGUUCGGUAUUGCAUGGAAGAGUUACACUACUCUUGCUGGAUGGGAAUUCCUCGUGUAGCUCAACUUCCCGUGGUGCUUGUCCACUUACAUCCGUCCAUUGCCUCCUCCAUUGCUUCCCCGCAAACCGAAACACUCUCCACACACCCUCUUCCCAUUUUCCAUCCCAAUCUGGUCUUGUCUACCUGUUUUUGUUUUUCCUCGGCCCUUACAUAACACCCCACAUCCGUCCGCAGGACUACUUUGUCACCUCUCUUCUUCCUCGUAUUCCCCCCCUCUGUCGGAAUCGUUUCCCAAUACACAACACCAUCAACCACAGGUCUGCCCACUGAGCUCAUAUAGGUCCAUCUUCCCUUUGCUGCUCAACAUGGCGAACUUCAGCGAUCUCAACCCCUUCGCGAAGCGGGAAACGCAUAGUUCGACAUCCAUUACCACCUACAAGGUCCUGACUUUGCUUUCUUGGGUCCUGUCCGUGAUCACGACCGUUUACUACGAUUUCGAAUCGCCUCACGAUGGACACCUCAUUCGCCGGACGAUUUGGGGUCAGAACUAUGCCCAUCCUUCGGGCUUCACGCAGAAUGCCACCAUUACCUCUAUUUACUGGCUUGUCUUGUUCAUUCUCCAGCUAGUCUACAUUGGCCACCUCUUCUCCAACGAUUCCGCCCAGGUCAACGCUGCCGCCUCUGUCGGUAGCCACUUCAUCUUCAACAACCUGCUUCACUUUGGGUGGGUGAUGCUCUUCGUUCGCUCGCACUUCAUCUGGUCCGAGAUCUUGUUGAUCAUCAACUUCAUCAACCUCACGUCGCUGUACUUCCGCCAUAAUGCGUACCCCAGGGGCAUUCAUAUGCCCGCUGUUUCUGGUCCCCUCGCCUGGACCUUCGUUGCUCUGUACUGGAACGGUGCCAUUAUGGUCCCUGCCCAGCAUAGCUUUGUUGCUCGUAUCUUUGCCAACGUCUUCAUCUGGUCGAUCUUGGUCUACGGAAUGUUCUUCAUUGUAAUUUACAAGGACUACACCAUGGGCUUCAACCUAAGCGUUCUGAGUGCUUCCUUGGGAGUCGCCCAGUUCUUUGACCGCGUCAUUGCAUUCCAGUGGAUCUUUGCCUUCACCAUCAUGGCAGUGCUGUUUGUCUUCACUGUGGUCGUUGCCGUACCUGCUUGGACCGGUAAGGAGGUCAGCUGGGGCACACGCCAGACUCAGCCCGAUGCCGAGCGUGCUCCUCUUCUCGGCGAAAACUAAGCAUCUUGACGAAGAAGUGUUACCUCGCCCGUACA